CCGUGACGUGCACGUGCUCUAGUUGGCGUGCGCCGGCGGCACCAGUGUCCGAUCCACCCAUAAUUAGCAUGGGCAGACCUAAGAAGGUGCUCUCUCCCGAGGAACAAGUGGAGCGACGGCGCAGCAAGCGGGAAGCCGAGCGUGAGCGGUCCAAGCGGCGUCGGGAAGAUGGGGAAUUCCGGGCGAGGGCUGCCGAAGCUAAAAGGCAGAGGAGGGCCUACGAUCCCGAGUUGCGGGCCAGGAGACUCGCUGCGGAACGGCAGUACGAUGCAACCCAUCGCGAAGAGAGAAGACGGGCAGCCCAGCAGCGAAGAGAUUCCGCACCUGGCUUGCGCGUCGUGGAAAGCUUUAGGCGAACACAGAGACGAGCCACGACUGGCGCCGACGGGCGAUUCAAACGCCUCAAAAAUGCAAUGAGCCUAGCUGAAAGUAUCACCGCCAUGAUGGCUUGCCCUGGCCCUUCCAAGGCCAUCGGUCAGGUUGAGGUUGGCACUCAGUGCAGCUUCCCUCUGGCUGACAAGUCUGUUGGGUGCUGCUUCAGAACAGGCAGCGAGUCAAGGAGCGUGCAGACCACAGAGGCUGUGGAUCAUUCAAGCUCCUCUUCAGUAUCGAGGCCUUCUAUUCCUCCAUCAACAGCCAACGGUGACAAUUCACAGCAGGGACGCCUCUCCGAAGAUCAUCUCUGUCACUUUGAGGCUGAUAAACUGUUUCGUCUAGAAGUACAUGCCAGGGUCCAGAGAGAUGAGCGUCUGUUUAAGUGCCAUUUGUGCCCUCGAAGCUUCUCAAGAAGAAACCGCCUGAAAAGCCAUCUGUGCACCCACACAGGUGAUAAGCCAUGGCAGUGCCCUUCAUGCCCUCAAAGCUUCUUACAAACGUCCCACCUGAAAGACCACCUUCGCACCCACACAGGCGAGAAGCCAUUCCAAUGCCCUUCAUGCCCUCGAAGCUUCUCACGCAAGUGCAACAUGAAGGAACACCUGCGCACCCAUACAGGCGAGAAGCCAUUUCAGUGCCCUUCAUGCCUUCAGAGUUUCAUACGAAAGACCCACCUGAAAGUCCACCUGCGCACCCACACAGGUGAGAAGCCAUGGCAGUGCCAUUCCUGCCCUGAAAGCUUCUCAAAGAAGACCACCAUGAAAAACCACCUGCGCACACACACAGGCGAGAAGCCAUUCCAAUGCCCUUCAUGCCCUCGAAGCUUCUCACGCAAAGGCCACAUGAAGGUACACCUCCACACCCAUACAGGUGAUAAGCCAUUUCAAUGCCCUUCAUGCCUUCGGAGCUUCUCACGAAAGGCCCACCUCGAAGGCCACCAGCACACCCACACAAGUGAGAAGCCAUGGCAGUGCCCUUCAUGCCCUGAAAGCUUCUCACAUAAGUCCAGCAUGAAAGCCCACCUGCGCACCCACACAGGCGAGAAGCCAUUCCAAUGCCCUUCAUGCCCUCGAAGCUUCUCACGCAAGUGCAACAUGAAGGAACACCUGCGCACCCAUACAGGCGAGAAGCCAUUUCAGUGCCCUUCAUGCCUUCAGAGUUUCAUACGAAAGACCCACCUGAAAGUCCACCUGCGCACCCACACAGGUGAGAAGCCAUGGCAGUGUCAUUCCUGCCCUCAAAGCUUCUCAAAGAAGACCACCAUGAAAAACCACCUACACACACACACAGGCGAGAAGCCAUUCCAAUGCCCUUCAUGCCCUCGAAGCUUCUCACGCAAGUGCAACAUGAAGGAACACCUGCGCACCCAUACAGGCGAGAAGCCAUUUCAGUGCCCUUCAUGCCUUCAGAGUUUCAUACGAAAGACCCACCUGAAAGUCCACCUGCGCACCCACACAGGUGAGAAGCCAUGGCAGUGCCAUUCCUGCCCUCAAAGCUUCUCAAACAAGACCACCAUGAAAAACCACCUGCGCACACACACAGGCGAGAAGCCAUUCCAAUGCCCUUCAUGCCCUCGAAGCUUCUCACGAAAGGCCCACCUCGAAGGCCACCAGCACACCCACACAGGUGAGAAGCCAUUCCAAUGCCCUUCAUGCCCUGAAAGCUUCUCACAUAAGUCCAGCAUGAAAGCCCACCUGCGCACCCACACAGGCGAGAAGCCAUUUGAAUGCCCUUCAUGCCUUAAGAGCUUCUCACGAACGACCCACCUGAAAGACCACCUGCGCACCCACACAGGCGAGAAGCCAUUUGAAUGCCCUUCAUGCCUUAAGAGCUUCUCACGAAAGAGCUACCUGAAAGCCCACCUGCGCACCCACACAAGCCAAAAGACAUGACAGUGCCCUUUAUGCCCUCAAAGCUUCUCAAACAAGUCCAGCAUGAAAGAACACCUGCAAACCCACACAGACGAGAAGUGUCCUUUACUGCUUGCACGGGUAGGACGCUUGCUCGGGAUUUUACGUUAAUCAAUGCAGAAUGUAAGUCGACCCCUGUGUUUGGGGUGAAUAAUGUUGAAACAAAACUUUGAAUGGAGUUGACUACAAAACAUGCUGUUUUAUAAGUAUGAGACAGGCGAAACCGCUCGGGAUCUCUUAAGAUCAUUGUUCUGGGACAGCUUUGAGCCACGACCUCCCACAGCAUGUGACUAAGCAGGGCUAGGCAUGCGCAACGCUGCCAUCAGGCAAUGAGCAGCUUGUAUUGGGCACCUGAGGUGCACGCCAGCUAUCACUUCAGCGACCUUUAGGCAUCUUCAGGUGACUUCUGGCCAUACACUCGUACUGAUCAUCUCCUGUCGAUAGCAGCUUCAGCUUUCUUGCGCAGUAUUUGCAGACUGCUGUGGCUGACGAGACCUUUCCCGUGCCGCCAAUUUAUCCCAGCGGAUAGUUGUUCUUCCACAACACUCUCGUUACCAUGUGCUGAAACCGCAUCCGCCUUUGCCAAUGUGAAAAGUCUAGCCUUUUCACUUUGAGAAGCGAGAACUCGUGCACUGUGCUCACAGAGAAAUUCCAUCACAGCGUCUUCAAGUUGACUGCCAGCAGGGUAGCCAUCGUGCAACAAAGCUUCUAGUGAAAAUAGGCAGUUACGCUGUUUCUAUUUCUAUUCACAGAAACGAAAUGGUGCCGGAAAUUAUAGCAGAUCGACGAUGGAAAAAAAGGCCGCCAUUAUCAAGCAAAUGCGAAGUGGCGGAUCGUGAGCGGACGUUACAAAAGAAUUUGAAAUCUCGAGGCAGGCAAUAUCAAACUACCUAAAAAAAGCAAGGUGAAGAUUUUAGAAGCCGGCGAGAAAUCUGAUGGAUCCCGACAGAAGAAUGUCCACCAAGGUGCCCACCCACAACUUGAUGAUGCUAUUCACAUGUGGCUGAAAGCCAUGAUCGGCAAGCAAGUGCAGGUCUCUGGCGAUGCUUUAAAUCAAAAGGCACAAACCCUGGCACUUCAGAUGAACAUUGAGUGUUUUAAAUUUAGCAAUGGCUGGGUCCGAGAUUUACAAUGGCCCAUCUUUGACACCGACCCCAAUGCUAACACAAAGUGCACCGUAGUCGAUCGAGUCUCUCAUUGAUUUCAUGCACACUGAAGUAUAGCUGCCAGUUGUUCACGCAGCAGUUGCAUGCGAUACACGCCAUAAUUGUGAACCUGAAAUUUCUGCAAAAUCAAGUGCUUAAUUCUUGACAUGCUGUUUAGAGGUACAAAUAAACAUUUUAUUUUUGACAUCCUA